CGUUGCUUCUCCACCAUCCAAGCCUCCACAGUUUCGCACUUACUUCUGCCAUCCUCUGAGUGUGAUCUGCUCGGCGGCGAAUCUCGCAAGGCUGCGACCAUUUUCAUCAGGUAAACCGUAGAGAAGCGCGAGCCCAGCCUGCAAACGCGAUCGAAGGCCUGCGACUCGUCGGCCUCAUUCCAAAACGGAUGAAGCAAGACUACGCAGUCCGCGGCGGUCAAAGUAAGCGCAAAUUAGAGGCGUACGUGGAACGUCAAAGGGAGUGCUAAAGUUAGUGCUCUUGUAUUUGCAUGGCAGAGAAGCUCGCUUAGGUUAGCGAUAGUCCAACUCUUUGUUCUUGUUUUCUUCUUUGUAAAAUGGUGUAACUUCGAGUUCGAGAUACGAUCCUGGUAGAUGCUUCUAUAUUCUACUUUCUUUCUUGUUUUCUAAUACUGCUACAUCUAGCACAUCAGUCAAGUACUGGGCUACUACAUCUACGACACUCAUAGCCAAACGCUCCAGCCGUCCUCGUUGCGAAAAGCACCAGGGGGCCAGCGUUUUCUUGUUGGAAGUUCUUGACCACGUUUUUUCGCUCUUUGAUGGACAGGCUUCCAUCUAG